CCCCGGUCCUCGCCUCCAUCCAUCUGCACUGAGAGUGAAUUAGGGCAAUGGAGUUGUCCGUCGAUGAGGAACCGAGGCCGGGCGCGCCCCUGGAGCUCGGGUUCGGGGAGGACGCCAUGGAGGCAGUAAGGAGAGCUUUCCCGGGUCAGGAUUUUGCUAUUGAUGUGGUGAACCGAGCUUUCUGUCGGCUGAAUCCGGCGGAGCGCAGCCAACAAGAUUCCUCUGCCUGUGGUACCAGUGGAGAGUGUGCACUGGAAAAGCCUGUGGAAUUGGAGCAGGUGGAGAACGCUGGGAAGCGCUGUGCGCAACAGGAUCCCUCUGCCUCAGAAGUGCAGUUGAGCUCUGAGGAAGGGGAGCAAGCCGGUCAGCGCUGCGAUGCCCCUCCUGCACCUGCAGACGUAGGUGGUGAAGCUGGCUGGGGCUGGAACCGCAGGGUUAGGCGAGGCCGUAUCCCAGAUGAACGGGAACCAGAUGCCCAUCGUGUAAGUGCGCUAGAGAAGGCAUUGACUGGCUUUGCGGAGAGGCAGACUGAUGUUGUUGUUAAUCCAACAGUCGGGACCUGCUUCGAUUCGAUUACAGAGGCGUAUGAUUUUUAUAACCUCUAUUCCUGGGAAAUGGGGUUCGGUAUAAGGUACGGCAAAAGCAGGCGGAAUGCAAAGGGGGGUAAAUGCAUGCAGGAAAUUACUUGCGUUAAUGCGGGUAAACUAAAUACGGGCGGGAAAUCGCGCAGGUGCGAGUGCACAGCACUAAUUAGGCUACUCAGAACUGAUGACAACGGAUGGUAUGUCACCCAGCAUAGGAAAGUGCAUAACCAUGCUUUUUCCACUACAUAUGGAAACAAGGUUCAUUGGCCAUCUCAUAAGCAUCUAGACAAGUACACCAGGGAUUUGGUUCGUCAGUUAAGGCACAAUAAUGUUAAUUUAGGCGUGUACGAUACAAUUGCUUCUUUUUUUGGGCGAAUGGAGAAUGUCCCUUUCAAUAAGCGUUCAAUAAGGACAUUGUGUGGGGAAGUUAUCCGUGAGCAGGCUGAUGAUAAUGUUAGGAAGACCAUGGAGACAGCAGCUGCAUCUGGAGAAAGACCAGAAAACCAUACGCUGGAGGAGACGACACUCAACUGUUUGGGCAUAGCCUCAACCACAAUUGAUUCUGCAAAUGCCCCGGUUGAUCCCCUGAGGUACCCCGAGAAGGACGAUACACACUGGAAUGCUGAGGCAGGCAGGCUGGCUGACCUGUUGUUAGCUUUUGGGGAUUGUCACCUGGUGCUUAAAAGCUGCUCGUAUGAUGAUCUCAUCAACUCCAAUGGUACCAUGUCAGGUCUGGAAGAGGCAGUGAAGGCUGUUACACCCCAUCUUCAGCAGGGUAUCUUCGGUGACCUGUGGUCCAGGGCCCACAAUUCUGGAGGCGUCGUGUCAGCCCAGGUGCUGACCAUCAAGGACCUGUUCAGGUUCACGCGUUGGCUGACAACCACCACGGGCCAGCAUAAUCUACGGUGCGCCCAGCAGCGUGUCAAGCUGGUCAAUUCUGGGAAGGCUGUCUUAGAGCCCGAGCAGAUAGCCCUCCUCCACCUUUAUCAGGCUGAGAAUGAUGAAUAUUCAGUUAAGAUUAACAAGCUCCAGGGAGAAAGGGAUGCGGAAAUUGCCCACUAUAUGGUGAAAAUUGAUGAGGCCCGCAAGUCCUUUGAAGUCAGCAUUGAAGCUGCAAAGGAGCACUACCCUGUGUCCGCCUCCUAUGUCGCUCUGGACAGCAAUGAACUCCGCGGGCAGUGCUGGACCAUGUAUCUUGCCCAAUGUCGGAAGGAGGCGAAGGAUCUGAAUGCGAAGGCCUCAGACAUCGUCGAGAAGUACGGGCCAGAGAUCAUACAGCGUCACCUGUUUGAAUUUUGCAGCCAAGAGACAAACCGUGAGGCCCUCCUCAAGUAUGCCCAGACCAAGGUCAAUAACCUGAAAGAGGCAGGAGAUGCCCGUGGAGAAAAUACUCUUCAUGACUACAUGACACUCCUGGAUAUUGAAAAGGCUUAUGCGCUACUCGCUGCUGAGGAGCAAAUAGCCAAUGGCCCAGUCACUUGUGGGGGCAGUGAGGAUGCGGAUCGCGGUAGUAGAAACAAUGCCACUGCAAGAGAUGAGGCUGCUGAGGGUGCUCGAGGUGAUGCACAAGGUGGGGGUGAAGGUGCGUCUGAAGACCCUCCUCCGCAAAAGCGUCAAAGGAACAAUCAAGACUAUGUUUGGUGGUGACUCAUAGCAGGUGAUUCACAUUUAGCACAAGAGGAUCGUGUGCAUGAGAUGCUUCUUUAUCUCGCUAGUUCAAGGUGGGAUAUGAGGUUCAAAUUAGGUUGCAGGAGGAUUCAUGGAUUUAUAAUAUACCUAGGUAUAUUAAAAUUUGUACAACGAUUCCAGUACCGUCAGCAUCUGUGUUGGGGAAGCUUUCGAAAUGCUGUUGUGGUGUAAGCUAUAAUUCAGUUGAUGUCUUCCCAGGUUUCCCUUUUCUAAUACUGACGGCAAUCUGUUGGACGCUUACCGAAUCUGGGAAAUGCUUCUGGUUUUGAGGGUUCAAAUCUGAAAUCCCAUCAAUCAAGGUAGAUUGUGAGUGGAUGACACAUGUUUUUAUGGACAUAAAACUGUACAAUAAAAUAUUUGCCACAUAUUUGAUUCCUGAAGCAAUAAAUGUAACACAUUCCCUGUCA